AUGUCCAGCGCAUCUGCAAAACCACCUGCCUGGCUCUUCUCCAACAACACCAACAACAACCCUACCGACAAGGGCAUCGCGAACACCUCUUCAGCAAGUACCAGCACAAACGACGAAAUGGCCAAGUCAAAACCUUCCGCUACCAAUGGCGUCGAGACUCAAUCUCAGCCCCCUGCGCAGCUGCUCGACCUCGUAGAGCAGUUCCUCUCCGACAACGCCUUCACCAGCGCCCUUGGCUCCUUCAAGAAGCAGCGAUCCAAGAAGGGUUGGGGGGAGGCUUCCGAGGCCAGCAGCGGAAACACUCUUGUGGGCGUUUUCCAGUCUUGGGAGAAUGCCGCCAAGGCCCCCGCCGACCGAGAUGUCGACAUGGAGGACUCGAGCAGCUCCAGCUCCAGCUCCAGCGAAAGCAGCGACAGCGAGAGCGAGGACGAGAAGCCUUCUUUCCGCGCAAAGUCUCCCCCCAAGGGCAACAAGAACUUGAAGCGCAAGGCACCCCCAAGCUCGAAGUCUAGCUCGAGCUCCGAUUCUAGCUCGUCUGAUUCCAGCUCCGAGGAUGAGAAGCCCAGCGCCAAGAAGCAAAAGGUCGACGCUCCUUCCAGUGCCAAGAAGCAGAAGGUCGCCUCUCCUGCUAGCUCCGAGUCCGAGUCCGACUCGAGCUCUUCCGACUCGAGCUCCGAGUCCAGCUCCUCAGACGAGAGCUCCAGCUCCGACGAAAGCUCCGACAGCGAGUCUGAAGUCGACGCCGCAGAGGCCGCCAAGGUGCCCCUCCCUGAAUCCGACUCCGACUCGUCUUCGUCGUCCUCCUCAGACUCCGACUCGGAUUCCGACGACGACAAGAAGAAGAAGACGAAGAAGACGAAGCCCGUCAACGGCGUCGUCAAGAAGGAACAGUCCACCGACGAGUCCGCCCCCUCCGACUCCUCCGUCACAAUCGACUCCCUGCCCAACCCUCCCUUGCCCCCCAACCCGCGCGACAAAAAGGUCAAGGUCGAGCCCUUUUCGCGCAUCCCCAAGGACAUCAAAGUCGACCCCAAGUUCGCCUCCAACGAGUACGUCUCCAUGAGCUACUCCCAGCGCGCCCACGAGGACCUCAUCGUGACAAAGGGCAAGGGCUUCACCAAGGAGAAGAACAAGAAGAAGAGGGGCAGCUUCCGCGCCGGUGUUAUUGACAUUGGCGAGAAAAAGAGCAUCUACUUUGACGACUAA